AAAAUAAUAUGAAUUGAAAUGAAUGGCAAUUAAAAUGCAAUUGAAAUGCAAUAACAAUGUUAUGAAUGAAUGAAUGUCUGAGAAAUGUUUUCUUUGGCCGACAUCUGUAACGCUAUUGUCAUCACUUUAAUUGGUCUCUCAAUUGGUUUAACAUUAAAUCAAUGCAUAGAUUCGGAUGAUACCUAUGAAGCAAUAAUUGAUCACCAAUUGGACAACUCGUUAGACAAUUACUAUCCAUUGAUCCAUAAGUGCAGACAUAAAGCAAAUGAUAAAGACCUGUUAAUUGUUAGUACAUUAGAUGGAAAGCUGUCAGCUGUUGAUGUGUCGACUGGACAUCUCGUUUGGUCCAAACAACUAUCAUCGCAACCGUUGUUUUCAUCGACAAUAAGUGGUUUUGAAAUAACUAAAAGAGGACGUGUUGUACGAGUUGUACCAUCACUUGAUGGCAAUUUGUAUCUAUUUAAUGGUAAAACAAUUGAUGGCUUACCAUUAAAUGCAGACACACUGCUUAAAAGCUCUUAUAAAUUGGGCGAUGAUUUGGUCAUAACUGGGGGUCAAGAAAGCCAACUCUCGGGUAUUGAUAUAUCUACGGGUCGUGUCUAUUAUGAAUGCGGUAUCAAUGGUUGUCCUGAGGCACAGCUCAAUGAAAAUGAAACAUUUGAUGAUUUAGUUUUACUUAAAAGGAUUACACAAACAGUUCGAGCAAUUGAUCCGAAAACUGGACGACAAAAAUGGUAUUUCACUGUAAGUGAACCACAAUUGUCUAAAUACGAUAUCAAUGAAUGUGAUUAUGAAAGUGAUUUAAGUACCAGUAGUUAUGAAUCAAACGUAUACUCAACUGAUAAUUAUUCACAAACUAGUGAUCAAACACGUAAAGAGACUAAAUUUAAAGUAAUAGUUCCCAAUGGCUUUAUAUCUGCUCAUAUUCAUAGUGAAGACAAUAUUGUUAAAGAAACCAAUUGGUCGCAUCGUUUUGAUUCACCAAUAGUUUAUGUUUGGCACUAUCGUAAUGGUCAGCUAAAUGUAUUUAAUUUGUUUGAUAAACAAAAAUUGUAUGGUUUAAGCGAUAACUUUGACAACAAGUUAUAUGAGCCUUCAGUUUAUAUCGGUCUUUAUCGAAGUCAAUGGUAUAUUCAAUUGGCCAAUAAAAUUAAAACUAAAAUUUCUGGUAAAAUGGCUUCAAAUGAUUUAUUAACUGCAGAAACUACAGAAAACAAAGACUCUACUUCUAAUAUAUUGCAAAUUGAAUGGAAACCCGAAGCUGUUUUGGGCGAUAAAAAUCAUUUAGAAAGUGAUUCAAACUUAAUAUCAAAGCCUCCUUUUUCAUUCUCUAUAUCAUCUGAUGAUAAUUCUAGAGCUGGUUAUUAUAUAUUUAGUGCCAUAGAAGAUAUUGAGACUAAAUGUCUUAUUAAUUCCAGUGAAUCUAAUAAUUGGGAUUCUGAUGAAUGUGAUGAUGAAAAUGAUGGUUUGAUUCAACAGAUAGUAAUCGCAUCUCUUUGGUAUUAUUGGCGAGAAGUAACUGCUAUUUCUGUUGUCUCAGCAUUUCUUCUUAAUAUUAUUUUUUCAUUUCUUAAACGCAAAUUUAAGAAAAAUAUAAAACUAUUAGAAAAUGAAAUUUCUGAAUAUUGUGCCAAAAAUGAUAAGUCGAGCGCUAACACAACCCCAACAAACCUUUUAUUUUCAGCGCCUUUUAAUUCUUACAAUUCAUUAGAAAGUGGUUUUAUUUCAAGAUAUGAAUCUGAUUUUGAAGAAAUUAAAAGACUUGGAAAGGGAGGCUUUGGUGUAGUAUUUGAGGCAAAACACUUGAUAGAUGAAAGUCAUUACGCCGUCAAACGUAUAUAUCUUCCCAUUCGUAAAGAACAGAGAGAAAAAGUGAUGCGAGAAGUGAGAGCAUUGUCUAAAUUAGAUCACACGGGGAUUGUUAGGUACUAUAAUGCUUGGGUUGAGUUACCACCUCAUGGUUGGAAACAAAGUCAAGACAAACCAGAUCUAAGCGAUGAUUAUUUGUCAACUAAUGAUUUGCGUAUUAAAGACAAACAAAUUGUUAACAAAUCUAUUGCUAGUGAUAAGUCAUCAUUUCAUUUACAAAAUAACGAAACUACUUAUGAAAGUAGUCUUACUUAUGAUAAAUCUGAUGCUAUUAUAACACAAACGCAAAGCAAUCAAUCGAUUGACAUUGUUUUCGAUGAAAAUGUUUCAUCAAUUAAAUUAAUAAACACUAAUAUUCAACAAACUAUAAGUAAAUCAAAACAAGAGACUACUUACAAGUCAGACAAUAACUUAAGUAACUCUCACUUAAAAGAUAGAGAAGCCAACAAAAGUGCUAACCGUCCCAAUACUAUAAGUCCCCGGUGUUAUCUAUACAUUCAAAUGCAAUUGUGUAGGAAAGACACACUGAAAGACUGGUUGUUAAAUAAUUCAAUUAAUCGCAACUCUCAUACAGUUUUAGAUAUUUUUGAUCAGAUUGUUAGUGCUGUCCAUUACGUGCAUUCAACGGGUUUAAUGCAUCGCGAUCUCAAACCAUCAAAUAUUUUUUUUUCAAUGGAUGGUAAUAUAAAAAUUGGUGAUUUUGGUUUAGUCACGGCUACUGCUGCUGACGAGGAGAUACACACUCCAGAUGUUAGCUCAGAUGACAGCAAUUGUUUUAUUUUGAACCGAAGCUCCAGUUCACACACUAAUUGUGUUGGAACUCAACUAUAUAUGAGUCCGGAACAGAUACGUAAUCAGCCGUACAGUCAUAAAGUGGACAUCUUUUCGAUGGGAAUCAUAUUAUUUGAACUAUUAGUUCCAUUUAAUACUGAAAUGGAAAGAACUAUUACCUUAAAUAACGCGAGAAAACAAAUCUUUCCAAAAGAUUUUAUUCAGAAAUAUAAAUCAGAGUGUAAUCUUUUAACUAAACUCUUGGAUCACAAUCCAGACGAAAGACCCUCAACGGCUGAGAUUAAAGAACAUGAAAUUCUUGAUAAUUUUCAGUCAAACGGUCCGAUUGUUAGACAGCGAACCCGAACCAUAUCUCUUAAUAAUGGCGACCAUUUAUAACCUCACAUUUGAUUUUGUUUUCAAUAAAUGUCACAAAUAUCUAAAUAAUACCUUAAAUAAUGCUUUAAUUAACA